GAGAGAGAGAGAGAGAGACAUUGUUUCCUUUUUAACACUUCCAAAGAAACAGUAAUUUUCAAGCUGGCGGGAGCAAUGGUUCACAUAAAGAAAGGCGAGCUGGCACAGGAGGAGAAGGAGCUGCUGGAAGUCAUCGGGAAAGGUACUGUCCAAGAAGCUGGAACUCUAUUAUCCAGUAAGAACGUUCGUGUCAACUGUUUGGAUGAGAAUGGCAUGACUCCUCUAAUGCAUGCAGCGUAUAAAGGCAAGCUUGACAUGUGCAAAUUGCUUUUACGACAUGGAGCCGAUGUGAACUGUCACCAGCACGAACAUGGAUACACAGCCCUAAUGUUUGCUGCACUUUCUGGUAACAAAGACAUCACAUGGGCAGUGCUGGAAGCCGGGGCAGAGACAGAUGUUGUCAACUCUGUAGGAAGAACUGCAGCUCAGAUGGCAGCCUUCGUGGGUCAACAUGAUUGUGUGACAAUAAUCAACAAUUUCUUCCCUCGAGAGAGACUGGAUUAUUACACAAAGCCCCAGGGGCUGGAUAAAGACCCCAAAUUGCCCCCGAAGUUGGCUGGCCCACUGCACAAAAUCAUCACCACGACAAAUCUUCAUCCUGUCAAGAUUGUGAUGCUUGUAAAUGAGAAUCCUCUGCUAGCAGAAGAAGCUGCCCUGAAUAAAUGCUACAAGGUGAUGGAUCUGAUUUGUGAGAAAUGUAUGAAACAAAGAGAUAUGAAUGAAGUCUUGGCUAUGAAAAUGCAUUAUAUCAGCUGUGUCUUUCAGAAAUGCAUCACCUUCUUAAAAGAUGGAGAGAAUAAACUGGAUGCCCUAAUCAAAAGCUUGUUAAAAGGCCGAGUUUCUGAUGGCUUUCCAGUAUAUCAAGAAAAGAUCAUUAGAGAAAGCAUCAGAAAAUUUCCUUACUGUGAAGCCACGCUCCUCCAGCAGCUGGUGCGAAGCAUUGCUCCUGUUGAAAUUGGUUCAGAUCCCACUGCAUUCUCUGUACUGACCCAGGCCAUCACUGGGCAGGUGGGGUUUGUGGAUGUUGAAUUUUGUACCACCUGUGGAGAAAAGGGGGCAAGUAAAAGAUGUUCAGUUUGCAAAAUGGUGAUAUAUUGUGAUCAAACUUGCCAAAAAACACACUGGUUUGCACAUAAGAAAAUCUGUAAGAAUCUGAAGGAUGUUUAUGAGAAGCAACAGUUGGAGGCUGGCAAAGGAAAGAGUCCAGAGGAAAAUGAUGGCAAAUCGGACAUCGACUCGAACUGUCCUAAUGAGCAACCAGAGGCUGAAAUGAGUAUCUCCCAAGAGCAUUCCAGUCCUAAAGAUGCUGUCGAAGGGGAGAAAGAGUCUCCUGGAAGUGAAGCUGGGCUGGAAAGUGGACAGGAUGCUCCUGCAGGCCCACAGGUGUCUGAGGAGUAGAAGCCCAGCAAAUGCCAGCGUGCAUGGUCUUCACCGUGGCAGGCACCUGGAGAACGCAUCUGACUGUCCUCAUUGCCCCGCGACACAUGCAUGGCACCAUGGUGGGAUUAUGCAUUUCGUAGAAUAGAGGCUUUCAAGCAAAGCCCUACCUGCUGUGCCCUGAUUUCCUAUUGAUUUCUGUUCUAUAAUUGGACAAGUAUUUCUAUAGAAAAAUGUUUUCUUUCAAAAUACAGGAAAAACAUUUCUGUUCCCUUUCUUAGGCUGGUUCCCCAGCAGUUGUUCUCAAAGGAAAAUAAAUGUCCUGCAAGAAAGAAAUAGACUCCAGAGAACAAAACAAGAAGAAGAGA